UGAAACAGUCAUACUGUCGCACACACUAGUUAGGAAUCAUGGCUACUCUCGCUUCCUCUCUUCCAACCACAUUUGCUCGAGGGUUUCAACGGCUAAACACCAGAUCUGAAAUCCCCGCCAUUACUGUUUCCAAAGUUAGCGCCAAAAUUCCUCUUAACAGUUCAAGCUUCAGAUUUGUGAAUGCUGUAAAUGUACGACUUAGGCAAAGGCUGCCUUUAGUGCUUGCUUCGAGCACCAAUCCUUCAGGCGGAGAUUCCAGCAAGGAACAAACCAAGGGAACUGAAACUGCUGGAAGUGAAGGCCCUCCAUUCCUUACUAUACUGGCAGGUCUUGUAGUAUUUUUGUUUAUAUGUUGGAUUCUAGGAUCAAUUAUUAUGUGGCUCAUUGGUCUAAUUGUCAAUGUCUCAUCAAAAUAGACAUUUAAGUGACAAUUUGUUUUCUACAUAUUCAACAACCAAUGGCAAAUUUGCAAGCUUUAUUGACAUUCUGUCUGGAACAUCUUUGAUAGCAAGAAUCUCAAAAUUUUCUAA